AUGUCCCAUUAUCACCAAAGAUUGGUGUUUUUGGAUCCGAUAAGUCUUGAAAGUAUUGAUAACACCGUUUCUGAAACCGGUGAAAUACAGAUCCAUCAUCAAAAUACCUUUUCUAAAAAAAAACGUUGCCUAAAUGAACAGUCUUGUUGGAAACGCGAUCUGGCAAAGUUAGUUCAAUUUCCUCUAAAACCAAAUAUCCCAAUAAGUUUUGUUAUGCCAAAAAUAGAGUAUAUUGGUCGUCCAUCUUUACACUUCUAUGGCAAGCUCUUGUCAGAAAUUGCCAAAAACCUUAAAAAUCGCGCCAAAGGUAGAGUGGUAAUAAAGGAAACUGAGACAGCAAAAUUCAAGGAGCCAUGCUAUUACAUUUUAAAAAGUGUUGUUCCACUUAUGUCCGAUAAGACUGAUGUUAGAUGUAGAGCAUGGGGUAUACGGGUAUUCCGUGGUCGAAAUCUUGGCUAUUGUCUCCUACCGAAUACACAUGAACCAGAUUGGCGUCUUUUGUCACCUAGUGAAGCUGAACGUCUAACGUCCAUGUCAACAAAAACCGAUAUGGCCGCUCCAGAUGUUCCAGUUAGCUGCGUCGCUCAAGCUCCUCCUUUAUUGACAAUAUUCCUGCGAAGAAAAAAUGUACUUCCAUCACAAGUAGUGGAAGAAGCUGAAAAAUCUACUCACUCUUUAGAUAUACAACAAUCAAUGAGAGAAGCUAGUGGUUUAUUAUUGUUAACACCUCACCGCUAUGAUCCAACAAGUUUUAAAGUCCCUAUUGAACCGACUUCCGAGGAGAAAUCACGUAUGCACCCUCCGUAUGAAUGGUCAGCUAAAAAAGGACUAAUUAUAAAGCCAAAUUUAGAUCGAGAUUCUUAUUUAAUUCGUCGAUCUGAUACACCUGGAUUGUAUUGGCGUGUUCAUUUAGCGAAAUCCUCAAAAGCAGAACAAGAUAGCGAAACAGUUUCAUAG